CUCUAAUGGCCGCGUACGCGACGAGAAAUGCCUCUCCGCGCGUAAGCGAUCGAAUUCAUCCUCCAUGCGCACCUAACUUCCCAGGCAUGGGCUGCCCGCCAGCAGCGCGCGCGGUGCCGGGGCGGCACUGAUCGUGCUGCCCAUACGCCGUCGAGGCGACGCGGCGAUGGCGUGCUGGAUGCGCACCGCAUCGAUACUCAUCGUCGCCGCGGCCGCCGACCGCGCGCCCUGCGCGAAGCGCCGCGACGCGCCGCUCGACUGCCCGCGCGCCACCGAGACUGACGUAAAGUGGACCUUCCACGACGCGCGCCGCACGGACAACGGCGACCGCUACUUCACGGCGCUCCCCGGCGGGACCUUCGUCGCGCGGAGCCGGGGCCCGCAGGGCUCGGUCCUCUGGGGCGACGGCACUCGAGCGCCGGACGUGCUUUUGUGCGGCGACGCGGCGCACAACGUCGCAGCACUACACGUGCCGGGCCUAGGAGUCGUGCUGCUCGGGGGCCGCUCGUCGCAGAAGGACGUGAGGAGGCGGCUCGCGGGCACGUGUCCGGAGGGCGUGGAGCGCGACCGGCGGAAGAGCGGCGUCCGCGCGUAUCUUCUGAAGAAGGGUCAUGUGGAGCCGCUCUUCGGCGGCCGUUCUAUUAUAGACGGCUCGGGCCGCGUGCCGGGCUGCGUCGAGGGGCGGUCGCGAGGCAUGUGGUGCGAGUUCGACGGACGGCUCUCGGCGACGGUUUUCAGGGGCCGUCUGCAUUUGUUCGCCCGCGCAAACGUGCGCAUGGGCAUCCGGGCCGUGCAGCACACGUCCGUGGACGUGAAGGCCUUUUCGAAGGGCCAAGUGCCGCUGCCCUGGAGGCGCUGGGAGCCCGUCGAGUUCGCUUCCUACUCGUUUUCGCGGUCCCACGUCUACUUCGCCUGCGUCGACGCGUUCGAGGAUACGUUGGUCGCGCUGGCGCCCGUGUCGUUUCCCGAGAGAAAAGAAGCGGGCAUCUACGCGGCCUUUUCCAUCGAUGGGCGGGCGUGGUCGCCCUUGGUCAAAAUCCGAGACAGCCCCUUCGCGGGCGAGCGCCAGGUCGACCACCCGGCCUGUGGAUUAUUGGUCGAGAAGGACGACGUCGUGUUGCACGUGCAGCGCGAGGUCGGCGGCAUUAGGGACCACUACAACACCUCAGAACCAUCAAAGGACUCGUCGCUCGCGCGCAUGACCCUCUCACGACAUGCUUUCGCGGACCUGGCUCAUAACGCCCUGGCCACGAUCGGCGACCCCCGCGCGCUCCAUAGCUGUCGAACGGUCUACGGCGCGCGCGGCGAGUACAGCGUCGUGACGACGGAGGACGCCAUCCGUGGUAAAAGCGCGCGGCCGGCCUACGCCUGCGGUCUCAAGGCCCCCUACGGUCGUUUUGUAGAUCUGGCGGACGGAUCGGACCCCGCAUUCUUCCUGGAAAUCCCCAAGACGGGCUCCACGACCCUCAAGCGAUGGCUCGGGCGGCCCUUCGCGGAGAACAAGAGAAAUAAACGCUUUGAGAUCCAUAGAAGCUUCACGGUCGUCCGCGAGCCGUUGCAGCGCUUCCUGAGCGGCUACGGCACGGUCCGGCACCGCGCGUCUCGGUCGGGCCACUGGUGGCCCUUCAACACGACCAUGAGUGAACCAGAGAAGUUCGAGGCCUUUGUGGAUUUGCUGCGAAGGGAGGGCGACGGCCUCGUCACAUCGCGGCCCAAAGAAGGAUGUUUGUGGUUCCACGUCAUGUCGCAGACCUGGUUCCUCGAAUUGCUCGGGCGGCCGAUCGACCGCGUCUUGCGCCUCGAAAGUCUAGAGGAUGAUUUGAAGGUCCUGUUACGGGACCUGCCCUUGUUGGACCCCCGCAACCAGACGCUCGAGCCGUCGCUGCCGCCGAAGCAGAACACCGUCGAGGGCAACUUCGACACGCGCACGUUGUUGAAGACGAGUCCCCGCGGCGUGCGAAGCGCGUUGCUGUACCUCCGGCAGGACUACGAAUGCUUGGGGUACGAGGUCCCUGUAAUGUAA